AUUAUUAUAUUUUAAAAGCCCAAAAGCGAACGUUCCAGUUCCCCCCGUUUCGUCCGUUUUGAGAUAGGAAUGAGGAACAUAAACGAAAAUCAGAGGAAUGAGUGAGACUGGGAACCCCGUUUUGUUUCACUUUCCUCAUCCCCAACCCCAACCCCUUAUAACACUCAAAAACACGCACGCAGACUUAGACUCACUCCUUUCCAUUUCCAACGCAAUGGACCCAUGGCUCGACGAUCUUACCGACGACCUUCAGAGUCUUAGCUUCGCCUCCACCGCCACCGCGGACAUCAAGCGGAGCACCAGCUUCGGCUCCGAAACCACCACCCUAACGGCCUCCUCCUCCGCCCACCUCCCCGCCAACAGCAAGCCCCACGCGCCCUCCUCCGACCCCCGCUGGGCCGCCAUCCACCGGAUCCGAUCGGACUCCCCCAGCCGCCGCAUCCUCCCCUCCGACCUCCUCUUCUCCCGCCGCCUUGGCUCCGGCGACAUCAGCUCCGUCUACCUCGCCGAACUCAACGACGGCUCCCUCUCCGUCAUGUUCGCCGCCAAGGUCAUGGACAAGAAGGAGCUCGCCAGCCGCAGCAAGGAGGGAAGAGCCAAGACCGAGCGAGAAAUUCUCGAAUCGCUCGACCACCCCUUCCUCCCCACCCUCUACGCCACCAUCGACGCCGCCAAAUGGCUCUGCCUCCUCACCGAGUUCUGCCCCGGCGGCGACCUCCACGUCCUACGCCAACGACAGCCCCACAAACGCUUCCCGGAACCCGCCGUCAGGUGGUGUUUGUUUAUUUACAGGUUCUACGCGUCAGAGGUGCUAGUGGCACUUGAAUACCUUCACAUGAUGGGGAUAGUGUACCGUGAUCUGAAGCCGGAGAACGUGUUAGUUCGAUCAGACGGGCACAUCAUGCUCACUGAUUUUGACCUCUCGUUAAAAUGUGAUGAUUCCACAUCAACGCCACAGAUCAUCUUGGAUCAGAAAAACACCCCUCGCACGGGCCCACGCGUGGAACCCUCUCAGACUCAGUUCAGCUCGUCUUCGUGCAUACUACCCAACUGUAUAGUCCCCGCAGUGUCGUGUUUCCACCCAAAACGCAAGCGAAAGAAGAAGCAGAGCCAACACAAUGGGCCUGAGUUUGUAGCCGAGCCCAUUGAUGUCCGCUCCAUGUCGUUCGUUGGGACCCACGAGUACUUGGCUCCGGAAAUCGUGUCUGGGGAGGGUCACGGUAGUGCCGUGGACUGGUGGACUUUGGGCAUAUUUAUAUUUGAAUUGUUCUAUGGUAUCACACCCUUUAGGGGAAUGGACAAUGAGCUAACCCUAGCAAACAUUGUGGCUCGAGCCUUGGAGUUCCCCAAGGAACCCACCGUGCCAGCCACGGCAAAGGACCUCAUCUCACAGUUAUUGGUUAAGGACCCUUCGAGGAGGCUAGGGUCAACCAUGGGUGCUUCCGUCAUCAAGCACCACCCCUUUUUCCAAGGUGUUAAUUGGGCAUUGCUAAGGUGUACACCUCCACCCUAUGUGCCCCCACCUUAUAUUAAAGAAGCUGUAUCAUCUGAUCAUGAAAUUGAAACCUGUCCGCAGACUCCAAUUGAUUACUAUUGAUGAUCAUAGGGAGGAGAUUCAUAGAGUACAGUUAAUAAGAUAGUUCCACCAAAUUUAAUUAUUUUCUUCUCCUCCGUUUAAUUUUUCACCAUACUUUUUUUAGCAAAAGUGUAAUUGUCAACCGACUAUGAUACUAAUAAUUAAGAUUGAUGAUAGGUGAUGGGGUAUGGUGGCGUAGCAUGUGGAAGGCUUCAAAUUAACUUUACUUGGUUGGUGAUUUGUAUGUAAUGUGGUUGGCGCCAAAAGGGGUCAACUGAGAUAUGGGUACACCGAGAUCAGACAACUAACGUAUAAACAAUAUUGAUAUUGACUUGGGAAGAGCUUGAACGAGAAAAGCGGUGGUGGUGUGGUGAGUGAUGAUCGAUGCAUAGAGCCACGUACAAGAAAAGACCAUAUAGAUGUGUUUUUUGUGGCGUUUUUAUUUGUGAAGCACAUGCACCGGACCACGUGAAAUGUUGUGUGUUACGAGUACCAGACAAGUGUGGGCCUUGAGCUUGCACCCACUAGCUACUAAGUAGUGAUAACCACCUUUACUUUUCUGCUUCUGAUCAUUUACGAACUUCUAAGAAACAAACGGUUCUGUCUGAAUUCUGAUGGAGGCUUUGAGUAUUAACUAGAUGCUUGCUGCUGA